AUGCCUCAUGGAAACGGCACCCUCACAUGCGACAAAGGGCAAAUCCUAGGUCAAUUCGAAGUCGACGGAGCCCAGUAUAUUUUCGUCGGCAAGCUAAGCACCUUCACUCAGUCUUUCUCCGUGACUAGUGCCGAUGUCGCCUUUGAAUCAGCCGACCAACUACAACUUGAACCUGAGGACUUUGAAGAAAUACCCAUUGAGAAGGACUGUUUCCAGCUCCGACUCGUGAAUGGGGUGUCGAUCACUGGCGGCUUUGACAUGCCUUUUACCGAGGCGGAAGUGAAAAAGGGGGUUGCUGGAGGGACUGGAAAAUGGCUCAAGUUGUGA